AAACCUCAAUCUUUGAAUAUAAAAUCAGCACCACAUAUCAGAAUUGGGGAGGAAAAAAAAAGAGAAAAAAAAGGAGAACAACCAUCAUCAGAACCUUAAAGCACAACAUAAUAAUUUUUUUCCAAGAAUCCCAUAUUAGUUUUUCAAAAAAAUAAGCACUUAACAGAUAAAAAAUAAACCCUACUGAUAAAAAAAUCCCAGUUUUUGUUAAAAAAAAGUACAUGAAUCCAUGAACGGAGGCAAAGUUUCAGAAGUAAGAUACCUGAGAAUCAACCACAACGUCUAAAAAUCCUUCCACCAGUUCAGGUACAUUUAGUCGCUUACAGUUCUUUAAGAACUUGCUUGCUGCUGCUUGGUUUUUAAACCACUUGAGGGACCCUUUUGAUAGAGAUCCUGGUUGAGAGAUUUUCUGUUCAGAUAUGAGGACCGGCCGGAAAGACAACAUUGCUUACAGUUUCUUCGAUCCUGAGAUUGGUGUGCUGAAGGAUAUGAUAGCAUUGAUCACACCCGACCAUGUGGGGAUGUUCAGAGAGUCAUAUGGUAGUAUCCUGAAGAUGGUUUUCAGACUCACUGACAGCGACAGGAGCGCCAUUCAUACACUCCUCCAGUUCUAUGACCCGGGGCUGAGAUGCUUUGUGUUUCCAGAUUAUUUGUUGGGGCCUCUGAUGGAGGACUAUGCUGGCAUUCUGGGUAUACAGAUUCGUGAUCAGAUUCCUUUUCAUGUCACUAGGGCCGAGCCUGAUGUCCUUGGUAUUUCCCGUGCUCUUUAUUUGAGUCCGGAGAUGAUCAAGGAGGGUUUGAAGGAGAAAGGAAAGUUACCUGGAUUUCAUUUGAGUUUCUUGGAGGCUAAUACCAAGGAACAUGCUGCUAUGGGUAACUGGAAGACGGUUUGCGCGUUGAUUGCUGUGAGCAUUUAUGGGAUUAUUCUAUUUCCUAAUCAGAAGAAUUUUGUGGACCAUAAUGCUAUUAGGUUGUUCAUACAGAGAAACCCUAUUCCUACUCUGAUCGGGGAUGUUUACUACUCGGUUCACAACAGAAACGAGAAGCGGCGUGGGGGUCUGAUCCGGUGUUGUUCUCAGUUGCUCUUCAGGUGGUUUAUGGGGUAUUUGCCUUCCCGAGGUGCCUUUGCCCAUAUUGAUCCCACUGUCAAGUGGUCCUUCAGAUUGAUGGGUUUGCGGGCUGAUGAUAUUGCUUGGACUCAUAAUGGUUUGGCUGGUCGGGAUUUUAUACACAGUUGCGGGAGUCUACCUAAUGUGCCUCUUGUGGGAGUUCAGGGUUGCAUCAAUUACAACCCGACGCUUCUCAGGAGACAGAUGGGGUUUGCCGUAGAGGGUCCUCCUCUCGGGCGGGAGAUUCAGGAGUCCUUUUACUUCCCGAUUGAUGGUAGCCAGGCCAAGCUGAGGCAAGUAUUGGAUGAGUGGCGAGAUAUCCAAAGAAAGGGUAAGGUUCCUUAUGGCAAAGUCAAUUGUCGGUAUUUUCCAUUAUUCGAGGAUUGGUUGCGGAAAAGGAUUGAGGUUACAUUUCUACCAUUUCCUGGAGGUGAUCCUGUGUGUCCUAUGAUUGAGGGUCCAAGUUCUUCUGUCAGCAUGAAAGAAUUCCUCGAGAUGAAGAGGGCCCGAGAUCAGUUACUUGCAGAGAAAGCUGAAUUGGAGAGAAGUGUUGCUCGGUUUCAGACAGCUAACCAGGAGAUCAAGGCGAAGAUGGAAGAUCAAGACAAGCGACAUGCCUUGGAAGCCAAACGCUUUGAGAUGGAUACGGCCUAUUAUGGGAAGAUCAGUCAAGCCUUGGCAUCAUCCAACCGGGAGCACGACAUCACCAAAGAGAGAUUGGCUAGAGCUUCACAGAUCAUUGAGGAUCAGAAUAGGAGGCAGAUUCUCGUAAAGGAUCAGAGAGACGACAGAGUCAGAGUUCUCGUUGCUGAGUGGGAGGCAAAGCUGAAGGUUAAGGAGUCAGAGAAUCUGAAGAUCAUCGCCGAGAGAGAUCAUUGCAUCGCUGAGAGAGAUCAUUACAUGGCAGAGAGAGAUCACUACUUCAGACAGAUGAAGAUUCACCAGAAGGAGGUAGGGAGAUUACAGCAGGAGAAUACAGAGCUCAGGUUCACCGCAGAGUUCGCGAAGAUGGAAGACGAGAUAGGGCCAUCUGUGGGACCCUCAUCCGGCUAGAUCUUUCAUUUGUUUUGGAUUACCGUCAGGCUUGUUGACGGAAUCUACUUGCUUGUAUUUCUUUCCUAUUUUGGGGGAUUGUAUUUGACUAUAUCUGAUUUGAUGUAUGACUAUGGCACUUAUUGUGCAUUUUGUUAU